AUGGAGAUGGAGGAGGAUGAGGAAGAGGGUAAUUUCUACGUGGUCACCAGGCCAGCCCUUGGAGAGGCAAUCACUUCCACUGUGCCCUCACAAGCAGGUACCCCCCUCCAGCCUAAUCAUCCGCCUGUCUCCGAACCCUCAGGAGGUUCCUUAAGGCAGCCUCCGCAUCAGUUCCCAGAAGGCCCCAGGAGGACAACCCGGGCCACAGCGGGUCGGCACCCGAACCAGCACCAUCUCCCUACCACAGCAUCUCUUAGGACUCCGGUGGUGGCUAUUUUCCCCCGUUUUAUCGCAAUUUUAAGAUUUUAG